UUUCAAUGUAACAUUUGUGGAAAAUCUUUCAUAUGCAAGGCAUAUCUUACUAGACACCAGAGAACACACACAGGAGAGAAACCUUAUGAAUGUAACAAGUGUGGAAAGUCUUUCACCGAGAAAUCAAAGCUUACUGUCCACCAGAGAACACAUACUAGAGAGAAACCUUAUGAAUGUAACGUUUGUGGAAAGUCUUUCAUCCAGAAAUCAAAGCUUACUGUUCACCAGAGAACACACACAAAAGAGAAACCUUUUGAAUGUAACAUUUGUGGAAAGUCUUUCUCCUGGAAGGAAUAUCUUACUAGACACCAGAGAACACACACAGGAGAGAAACCUUAUGAAUGUAACAUGUGUGGAAAAUCUUUCACCUCGAAGACAUACCUUACUGUCCACCAGAGAACACACACAGGAGAGAAACCUUAUGAAUGUAACAUGUGUGGAAAGUCUUUCACCUGGAAGACUUACCUUCCUGUCCACCAGAGAACACACAAAGGAGAGAAACCUUAUGAAUGUAACAUGUGUGGAAAGUCUUUCUCCUGGAAGGCAUAUCUUACUCUCCACCAGAGAACACACACAGGAGAGAAACCUUAUGAAUGUAACAAGUGUGGAAAAUCUUUCACCCAGAAAUCGAUGCUUACUCUCCACCAGAGAACACACACAGGAGAGAAACCUUAUGAAUGUAACAUGUGUCGAAAGUCUUUCACCGAGAAAUCAAAGCUUACUCACCACCAGAGAACACACACAAAAGAGAAACCUUAUGAAUGUAAUGUGUGUCGAAAGUCUUUCACCGAGAAAUCAAACCUUACUCGCCACGAGAGAACACACACAAAAGAGAAACCUUUUGAAUGUAACAUUUGUGGAAAGUCUUUCUCCUGCAAGGAAUACCUUACUCUGCACCAGAGAACACACACAGGAGAGAAACCUUAUGAAUGUAAGAUGUGUGGAAAAUCUUUCACCAAGAAAUCAAAUCUUAAUCUCCAUCAGAGAACACAUACUAGAGAGAAACUUUUUGAAUGUAACAUUUGUGGGAAGUCUUUCUCCUGCAAGGCAUAUCUUACUCUGCACCAGAGAACACACACAGGAGAGAAACCUUAUGAAUGUAAGAUGUGUGGAAAAUCUUUCACCAAGAAAUCAAAUCUUAAUCGCCAUCAGAGAACACAUACUAGAGAGAAACCUUUUGAAUGUAACAUUUGUGGAAAGUCUUUCUCCUGCAAGGCAUAUCUUACUCUGCACCAGAGAACACACACAGGAGAGAAACCUUAUGAAUGUAAGAUGUGUGGAAAAUCUUUCACCAAGAAAUCAAAUCUUAAUCUCCAUCAGAGAACACAUACCAGAGAGAAAACUUAUGAAUGCAACUUGUGUCGAAAGUCUUUCUCCCAUAAAAGAAACCUUACUGUGCACCAGAAAACACACACAUUAGAGAGACCUUAUGAAUGUAACAUGUGUGGAAAGUCCUUCUCUUGGAAGUCAAGCAUCAAUGUCCAUCAGAUAAUACACACAGGAAGGAAACCUUAUGAAUGUAACCUGUGUGGAAUGACUUUCACCUGGAAGUCAAACCUCACUGUCCAUCAGAAAAAACACAGGAAAGAAACCUUAUGA